AUGAGCCCAACAUUCAACGAACUGGAAGGAGCAAUGAGCGAGUUCUCUCCAACCGUUUCAGUAUCUGACUUCCAAACACCCGAUGGAGUCAGUGACGGCCCCUUUGAGAACGAGCCAAUCGCUAUUAUCGGGCUUGGUUGCCGGCUGCCCGGGGGUGUGAGAUCUCCAAAGGAAUUAUGGGAGCUACUCGUUGCCGAAGGGUCUGGCCAAGGUGAUGUCCCUCCUUCUAGAUUCAACAUUGAUGGGUUCUAUCAUCCCAAUGGGUCUGAAAGACCUGGCAGCCUUGACAUGCGAGGCGGAUACUUUCUCAAGGAGAACAUUCGCAAUUUUGAGAACAGUUUCUUCGGGAUUAACAACCUCGAGGCGACGUACAUGGACCCUCAGCAGCGGAAGUUGCUCGAAGUGGUGUACGAAGCUUUCGAAAGCGCUGGGGUACCUCUUGAGAAGGUAUCCGGGGCCAAUAUCGGUACCUAUGUCGGAAGUUUUGCCAUGGAUUUUUGGACAAUGCAGGCCGGGGAUUCCGAGUAUUUCCAUAGACUUAGCGCAACCGUAAUGGGAACGACCAUUCUCGCCAACCGCAUCAGCCAUACCUUCAAUCUCCGGGGCCCAAGUCUCCAUCUUGCCUGUACUGCCUUGGACGCCGGCGAGUGUGAUGCGGCGAUUGUGGCCGCUGCCAAUCUCGUUCAAUCUCCAGAGCAGCACAUCGGGACUAUGAAAGCUGGUGUUUUGUCUCCAACCAGCACAUGUCAUACCUUCGAUGCAUCUGCAGAUGGAUAUGGGAGAGGAGAGGCUGUUGGGGCUCUAUUCAUCAAGAAACUAAGCAAGGCCAUCGAAGACGGUGAUCCGAUUCGUGCUGUCAUUCGAGGAACCGCAGUUAAUAGCAACGGCAAAACACCUGGAAUCACUCUGCCAAGUGCCAUCGGUCAAGAAGCGGUGAUCCGGAAGGCAUACGCAAAGGCAGGAUUGCAUGACUUCUCUCAGACAGGCUAUGUUGAAUGUCAUGGAACAGGGACUCCAGUCGGUGACCCGAUCGAAGUAGAAGCGGUCUCGCGUGUGUUUGGGGCGGGUCGAAUCGAAGCACCGCCAUUGUAUAUCGGAUCAAUUAAGCCAAAUCUUGGCCACGGUGAAGCUGCCAGUGGAAUCUCAAGCAUUAUCAAGACCACAAUUGUUCUGGAGAAAGGCCACAUUCCUCCAACCAUCGGAUUGAAGAAGCUCAACCCGAAGAGUAAGGAAAAAGAAUGGGGAAUCCAAGUUGUCACCAAGGAGCAGAGAUUUCCAAUUAAGUCAGUCGGUGGAAAGCACUUUCGACGAGCAGGUGUGAAUUCCUUCGGCUAUGGAGGUGCCAAUAGCCAUGCCAUUCUGGAGUCUCCUCAGACGUAUGUCACUACCUCCGACGAGAUCUCCUUGACACUAUCCCUGAGCCGGUCUAAAUUCCUCAUUCCGCUCUCCGCGAGCAAUCCAUCCGCUAUCGAAGCGCAAGCGGCCGCACUUGCUACAUCACCAGACAUCUUUAAUCUCGUUGAUCUUGCGCACACUUUGGGAACGCGCCGCUCCAGACUGUCUGAUCGUGGUUUCGCACUUGUUGGUCAAACCACUCAGAAAGAUGACCUCCAGCCAGAGAGAUUUCGGACCACAGCCAUGGGAACCUUCUCCGUGCUGCCGAUAGGUUUCGUGUUUACCGGCCAGGGAGCUCAAUGGCCUCAGAUGGGAAAGGAACUUCUGAAUGAGUUUCCUUCGUUUCGCAGCACAAUUCAGGAUCUGGAUGCCGUACUCCAGGCACUUCCCGAAGCACCCUCGUGGACCCUAGAAGCUGUCCUGACCGAGUCUACGGACCCAGCAAAGAUCAACCAUGUUUCUCGAUCACAGCCAGUAUGCACAGCGAUACAGAUUGCAUACGUGAAUCUCUUGAAUAAAUGUGGCAUCAGGCCUGAGCGCGUUAUCGGCCACUCCUCUGGGGAGAUCGGGGCCGCUUAUGCCGCCGGAUUUUUGACGGCCUCUCAAGCUAUCACCGUCGCGUACUAUCGGGGCUAUGUUAUCAGUACUGCAAGCCAGCCCGUUCCGGGAGGCAUGAUGGCUGCAGGCCUGGACAAUGAAUCUGCCAAGGCUGAGAUAAACGCGCUUGGUCUCGCUAGGAUGGUCAAAGUCGCAUGCGUGAAUAGCCCCGAGUCCGUCACUUAUCAAGAGCUGCUGGAAGCAAGACUCUCUGCACUGACCUCGGUGACAGCGACUCAUCAUGCACGCUGGGUAUCCUCUGUUCACCUCGAGGAAGUCAUCGGUGCGAUUUCCCCAAAUUAUUGGCGAGAAAAUCUGGAGAGCCCAGCCUUAUUCAGCGAUGCCUUUGGAAGACUAGUGAAGCAUUCAAAGUACCAUCUGAUUGAGAUUGGACCGCACUCCGCACUUGAACUACCUAUAAAGCAAACAAGAGCAAAAAUUGGGCUCAGCCACAAGUUGGGCCAAGCGGUUGUGCUGCCCGGCGCUGCCUACCUCUCGAUGGGUAUCGAGGCUGCGAGCCAGGUCCUUUCCAUCGAGAAGAAAGACAAUCCAACGGUGACAUUCCGUAAUCUUCAUAUCACAAAGGCUCUUGAGCUCUCUCCAGAUACAAAUGACCCUGGAGUUGAGAUUUUCACCACUAUCCGCCGAGCAUCAAUCUCACGAACCACAAGCUCCAAUAGAUGGCAUCAAUUUGAAAUCAGUUCGCACAACGGCAACAGCGCUGUGGUCCAUGCAACUGGUAUGGUGUCAAUUGACAAAGACUGCGAAGCUUUGAGAAAAGAAAUCACUGUUGAGAGAUUGGGACUCGAAGAGCUUGCCGUUCGAAACUGGUACGAUAGGUUUGUCAAAGUUGGAUUGAAUUUUGGUGACUCUUUCAGAACCAUUGAAAGUGUGGCCACACACCGCAGGAAAAAACUUCCUUAUGCUCAAGCCACAGUGCCGUACAAGACUGGAAGUAUACGCGGAACAGAGGUGGAGUCUGAGUACAUCGUUCACCCCAUCACCAUCGAUGCUUUAUUCCAGACCGGUCUCAUCGCAAGCUCCGCCGGUCUUUUGACAGAUCUUCCCUGCAAAGUCCCGACUUCGAUCAUCGAUGCCAAAUCUGAGGCAUUGGGUCUGGGGGUCAUUCAAAUCAAUGCCGAACUUCAUGACGGCAAUGGCGAGGUAUGUGCCCAGUUGAAGGAUGUCAAGCUCAUUACAUUCCAAGGCGCCGCUGCAGAUCAGAAUGAAGAUGAGCGUCAUCCAAUGCUCCGUGUCGUGUGGAAGCCUGACAUCUCGAAAAUUCAAGAAUCAUCUCAUCUUGCGACAUAUGUAAAGUCAUUCAAUGCCACACGGCGAAACUCAUUGCCAAACAAUCUAGUCAGCUUUACUGCAGUUGUCGACCUUGUUGCACACAAGAAUCCCACUCUCGACAUCCUUGAACUUGGAGGAUCAGGAGCAGAUGCUACUAAGAACCUCCUUGACAUGCUUCGGUUUGAGACUGCAUUCUCACGGUGUGCAUCAUACUAUCGUGGCUAUGUCUCUGAAGAUGGCGAAAUUUUCGCCCAACGUCUUGUGUCGUUUGAAGAUGUCGAAGACAGGUCCGACAAAGCAACGGCGCAAACGGGCAAGAUGUUUGAUGUGAUUCUUCUCCCAAGCGGAGAAAGCGGAAUGGCUUAUGGCAUCGAGAAGCUAUCUCUCAUACAGGGACUACUCAAGGAUGGAGGCUCGGGCGAGAAAGUGGUACUCCGACGCUUGAAGAACAGUGAUCAAAAGGACCCUAAAAUGACGAGCAUUCUUGUCGUUGAGCAAGAAGGGGACCAAGCGUUCAAUGACUUCAUGGCCCCAAUGCUGGCUGCUUAUUUCAAAAGGGAUAUCCGUAGAGUGCCGCUUCGGCAACUCUCAAUCGCUGAGUUCAAGAGCAGGCCAACUGUCGUGAGCACUAUUGAGCUCCACAAACCUAUCCUUUCGACCUUGACUGCUGCCAAAAUGACGAAGGUUAAGCUUAUGACAGAUAACGCAUCAAAUCUGAUCUGGCUCACUGGAGCGGAUUUAAUGGAUGGCACCCACCCAGAAUACGCUCUAGUCUCGGGUCUAUCUCGUGCAAUCAUGCUCGAGCAGCCAUCUCUGCGGUUCGUUGUGUAUCAUGCCAGUGAUUUUGAGGCUUUGAGCAAGAAAACGGCUCGCAAUUUGAUAGCUGUAAUCGAAGAUGCUGACCGACUUGAGAACCCCGACUUCGAAUAUGUGGAAAGAAAUGGCAUGGCUCAUAUUAGCCGAUUCGUGCCUGACGAACACCUGAAUCAGACAUUCCGGAUGAAGCAGGACGAAGUUCUAACGCUUAAACCUCUUCACGACACGAAGGCCGCAAGACUUACUAUCCAAGAGCUUGGCAACUUCGAUACUUUCGCAUUCGAAGAGGAUGUCGGAGCGAAAACCGAGCUCUCAGGUAAUCAUGUCGAAGUUUCUGUUAAAGCUAUCGGCUUGAGCCAAAAGGAUUCCUACGACACACACUUCUCAGAUCAGAAGACCUAUUUGAUGAUCGGUUGUCUUGGCGGACUCGGUAGAAGCAUGUCAAAGUGGAUGAUUGCUCAAGGAGCAAAAAAGUUCGUCUUCCUUGGCCGCUCAGGGAGUGAUAAACCAGCAGCGCGUAAUCUUGUGGAGGACCUGCGUGGCUGCGGAGCGACUGUGAUUGUAAUACGCGGCGACGUGUGCAAUUAUGCUGACGUUGAACGGUGUGUUGCGGCGAUUGACGGCGAUAUCGGGGGGGUUGUUCAAGCAGCAAUGGGCCUUAGCGAAUCCCUCUGGACCACCAUGUCCAAUGAAUACUGGCACAACGGCAUUGAUGCCAAGCUUAUCGGAACAUUCAACCUUCACAAUGCAAUCAAUGGCAAGGAUUCGAGCCUUGACUUCUUCCUCAUGACCUCGUCCGUCUCUGGUAGUGUGGGAACAGCAACCGAGUCCAAUUAUUGCUCUGCAAAUUACUUCCUUGACAUCUUUGCUCGUUACAGACGUUCCCAAGGGCUCCCUGCUACCUCCGUUGGUCUGGGUAUGAUUUCUGAGGUCGGCUAUCUUCAUGAGAACCAAGAAAUUGAAGCCCUGUUGCUGAGGAAAGCCCUUAGCUCUCAGCCUGAUAGAGAUUCCAUUGCGACUGAUCCGCUGGCUGAGAGCCACAUUCUCACCGGCCUGGAGCCAUUCGGGUUAAAGGAGCUCAGAAAGAAGGGUUUCGAAGGCACAAAUCCGACACUGAACGAUGCCCGCGCCUUGCUUCUCUCAAGUGCUCUGAACCGACAAAGCAACUCUGGUGGCUCAGUCAUUGCGUCCGGUCUCCCUGAAGCUGUAGCAGCGCCUAUGGAAGCGGGUGGAGAUAUUCUGAGUGCCAUAGUUGGUGUUGUCGUCAAACGCUUUUCGUCGUUGAUCUUGGUCCCAGUUGAAAAGAUCGACAUCACGACACCUAUAACCAAGUUUGGGAUGGAUACGAUAGUGACCCCGGUCUUUUGGCAUUGCUCUUUCCCGCCGCGACAUUACGUAGCGUGUUCCCUUCGCGUCGCACCUGGAGAAACUCAUGCGAGUCACAACAAGUCUCAUUUUAUUCUCAUCUUCAAUAUUUUCAAUGAGCGAGUAUUCUACGUUGCCCACCUACACCAUUCUACCCAUACCGCAAGCAUGACGAUCCUUUACCCCGACAUGGAUAAUCAGCUCCAGUACACCAUCAAUACAACCUCCGCUGGACAUCUCCGGCGCGUGUUGACUAGAAUAUGUGCCGCCAUUCCUGAGGCGAGGGGCCUCAUUGCCUCCGAAUUGUUAGUACCGGAGGACAAGAUACCUGUCCCCACCAGCGAUGACGACCGCUCAAUCCGAAGUGAUGACAGCGAGGACGAGUACGACGAUGAGGAGGAUGUCGACGACGAUGAUGAGAAUUCCAGCAAUCAAUCGCAAAUCUCUGGGGCCAAUAACAAGAGAAAGCGAGAAGGCUCUACCUCGAUCGCAGAUCUCGAUAACCCCCAGAAACGAUUCAAGCCUCGCUACGCGUACUGCAUCCAUUGCGAAGAGGAAUACGAUUUGACCGAGAAUACAAACAAGAGCUGUCGCUGGCAUGAGGAACCACGUGGCGAGCCCGACUACGAUAUCUACUUUGCUGAUGUUGACGAGCCUGAGAUUCACCACGUCGAUAGUGAUCAAUACCGCGAGGAACAUCCAGCGGGAUUCAUCCACGAGUGUUGCGGCAGGAAUACCCUUCAGCCUUGUCGAAUAGGAUUCCACAGGUUACGCACAGGGCGAGAUGAUCCUGAGUUGCUGCAAGACGAGUCGGUGUUGACUUUCAUCCCAGUGAACUUCGACGGAGAUACGCCCCCGUCAUCAGUGAGCGAUCCUCCUGCAGAGCUGUUUGAGGCUGUGCAGCAGGCCUUACUGGGGAAUGAGGUAGCUGAUAGGGGCGUCUGCGGCCCGGUCGACUUAAAUCUCGUUCCAUACGAACCCAAAUCAAGAAAGAUAUCUCCAGAAAUCCUGCCAUCGAGUCAUAUACCCAUCGAGAAGUAUAACCUCGGAUUACCUACCAUCAAGAAUCCCGCCACCGAAGAACCAGCCAUCGAGAAGUUUUAUCGGGAGCUCACAAAGGAGGAUGUCACACCCGCUGACUAUGAGCUCGACGACGCCAUCGAUUGUGCCUCACGAGAAGAUCUUCAGAACAUCCUGAGAGAUUUGUGCGCAAAGGGUCCCGAUUUCAAGAUUUAUCUCGCCUCCUGCCUGCAACCGGUCGAAGCCCAACCUCCUCCAGCACGUCGUAGCACAGCAGAUACAACCCCACUCCAAGUCGAGACUUCGAGCCCGAUGACAACACCUGAAUACACUUGUGUGGCCUACACGAGUAGAGGCCGUCGACGUUAUAUCAAACGUGAUAAGCAUCAAAUCACAAAGCCAAGUGGCUGCAUGUGCGCGUUGAUGUUCAAAGAAAAAGUCACACGUGAUGAUGCGAGAGCCGUUUUCUCCACACUCCUGGCGCUUUGUCACACCUUAAGAGGACUUAUUGAUACGCCAUCGACAAUUAGCGCGACGCGUCUCUUGUCACAAUAUCAACAACACAAACUCAAUCACAACGCCUCAAUUCGGCUCGCCUCAACCCCCAACCGACGAUACAAACAUCAGCAUUCGCUAUUUUUGACACUCACACGUAUCUCAACACUCAAAAUGCCAGUUCCCAACCCAAAAGUUGACGGAAGGCUUGAGCAUGCCAUCACAUCCACUUCCCCAGAAAUCCUGCAAAACAUCGUGAAAGACCUCUGUGCAGACAUUCCGGAAGCGCGAAGCUACCUCUCUUCUCGGCUUCUUGCACCCGAAGAUCAGGUCGUAUCAGUCAAGAGCACAAAUGGCGCCGAUGGACCCCUCGAAGCCGGGAGCAAGAGAAAGAGAGCAUCUCAAGAUUCUGUCCCCGUCUCGGACGAUAACAAAAAGCUCAAGCUCCGUUACGCAACCUGCCAGAAUUGCACCGAAGACUUCGACGUGACGAAGAAUACGAGCACGAGCUGCCAUUCUCACCCGAUGCCUUAUGAGAUUGAUAACGAUUAUUUCCAGGAUGAUUGGGAAGGCUUUGCUGGUGAAUGGUGCAAGGAGGAGUGGCCGGAGGCUUUCAUCCAUCCGUGUUGUGACAGAGACAUCAGCCAGGAGCCCUGUGCAACGGGGUAUCAUCGGAAGGCUACCGGGAGAGUCAAGGAGAGGCGUUGA